AUGUCUGUUUACGUUAUUACCGGAGUUUCCAGGGGAAUUGGGUUUGAGUUCCUCAAGCAGCUUUCGGAAGACCAGAAUAACCUGGUUGUUGGUCUGGUCCGUGAUAAGGCUGGCACUGAGAAGAAGGUAGAAGCAGAGCUGGGCAAACGUCCAAAUCUCCAUAUCGUCCAUGCAGACCUCACCAAGUAUGCCAGCCUGAAGCAAGCCGCUGCUGAUACAGCUGAGAUUGUUGGUGAGCGUGGGAUUGACUACCUAGUGGCCAACGGAGCAUUGGUGUCUGAGUUGGAUGCCUAUGUACCAAUUGGUGCAUUGAGCACUAAGCCUGAGGAGCUGGAUGCUGUUUCAUCACAGCUAUGGCAGACUAAUGUUGUUGGUAACAUCCAUCUCUUCCAUCUCUUCCUCCCUCUUGUCAUGAAGGGCAAGAUCAAGAAGGUCAUUACCAUUUCCACUGGUGUGGCCGACCUUGACUUGACCAAUGAUCUAGAGAUUGAUGUUGGUGCUUUAUAUGCUGCCUCUAAGGCUGCUAUGAACAUCAUUGUGGCCAAGUUCAAUGUACAAUAUAAGAAAGAUGGUGUGCUCUUCAUGGGUAUCAGCCCUGGUUUGGUGGAGGUGGGCCGCUACGCGGAUGCCACCCCAGAGGAGAUGCAGGGCUUGAUGGGAUUCAUGGGCAAGCUCCAGACCUAUGCACCUCACUUCAAGGGCCCAAUCACCCCGGAAGAAUCCGUCCGCCAUGUCAGGGCUGUCUGGGAAAAGGCCAGCAUUGAGGGUGGGUCUGGUGGUGCGUUCGUCUCGCAUUUUGGAAACAAGCAGUGGGUCUAA